AUGCCGCAGGAAGAUUCUGAUAAUGCCAAAGAAACCAAACAACAGACAAGAGAGCAGGAAACUCCUCCAGACUUCUUUUAUUUCUCUGACUACGAAAGACAUAAUGCUGAAAUUGCAGCGUUUCAUCUGGAUAGGAUCCUGGAUUUUCGACGUGUGCCCCCAGUAGCUGGCAGAUUGGUGAACAUGACCAGAGAAAUCAGGGACGUUACACGUGACAAGAAGCUAUGGCGGACAUUCUUCAUCUCACCAGCCAAUAACAUCUGUUUCUAUGGCGAAUGCUCUUACUACUGCUCCACAGAGCAUGCUUUGUGUGGGAAACCUGACCAGAUAGAGGGGUCCCUGGCUGCCUUUCUGCCGGACUUGUCUUUAGCCAAGAGGAAGACCUGGAGGAAUCCAUGGAGGCGCUCUUACCACAAACGCAAGAAAGCAGAGUGGGAAGUUGAUCCGGACUACUGUGAAGAAGUUAAACAAACGCCACCCUAUGACAGAGGGACCCGAAUUUUGGAUAUAAUGGACAUGACCAUUUUUGACUUUCUCAUGGGCAACAUGGAUCGGCAUCACUACGAAACUUUCGAGAAGUUCGGAAAUGAAACAUUUAUUAUUCACUUGGACAAUGGAAGAGGGUUCGGAAAAUACUCCCACGACGAACUGUCUAUCUUGGUGCCUUUGAACCAAUGCUGCAGAAUACGGAAAUCUACCUAUCUGCGAUUACAGCUUCUGGCCAAGGAAGAGUACAAACUUAGCCAUCUGAUGGAAGAGUCUUUGCAGACAGAUAAAAUUGCUCCCAUCUUGUACAAGUUGCACCUUGAAGCUAUGGAUCGGAGGCUGAGGAUAGUCCUCAAGGCCGUCAAUGACUGCAUCGAAAAAGACGGUUACAGUAACGUGGUUGAAAAUGACCUUGUUUCUGACAUGAACACUAUGAUGACCAAAAGGUAGUGAAAUCGCCGGACCCUCUUUUUAUUAGUUCCGCCAACGAAGCAAGAAAGACCAACAAGCAAAGAGAAACAGUCUUGCAAGGGACUGUAUGCCACUUCAUGAAUUCAGUGAAUUCAGACAUUGCAAUUAUAAUUGUUCUCCAAGUAGCUAAGGCGUAGGCUCAGAGAAGAGUUUAGAUUGAGGAUGGGCAUCCUGGGGGCUCAUGUAGCCAGUGAAACCAACUUGACUGGUCCUUGGGGAGUCCUCGUAGUUUUGGUGGAUAUGCGCCCCCCCCAACGUUGCCCUCUUCACACCGUCCUGCUUCCUUUAAGCUCUAAAUUAUUUCUCCCCAUUGCCAAGGAUGGCUUCGGAUGACACAUUGCGAGCGGAGCUUCUGGAAAGCCCUUCCCUGCGCGGUGUUAGCAUAGUUUCCUGCCCUGAUGGAGUUCCUCACCAAGCCCUUCAUUUUCUCAACGCACACAUGGUGGGUGGAGUUGACCAGGCCAACACUGUCAAUGGCUUGCCAGAAACUGAAAUAGAUAACAGAGUGACAAAGGAGCUGUCCGUCUUUGGAUAAAGCAACUGGAAGAAAGAAAUGUGCAUCUUGCCACAUUUUAAAAUAAUAAUAACAAUAAUAAGUUCCCCGAUAGGAUUUGAAAAAAUUAUAGCGAUCAGUGAUGAAUAUAUGUCCUUUCUUCUUUCAUUUGUACAGAAACCAGAUCUUUUAUUUAAUAUUUUGUAUUUAUAUAGAAGGUUGUUAUACGUUUGUUCAAAAUGCAAAUCUACCUACCAAAUUGUUCAAAGGAGACGAACCAGCUUCAAGAGUAUCCUAAGGGAAGCCCGUAUAGAUCUAGUCUACACUGUUGAGAUCUUUCUGGGACUCUCAAUGCAGGUUCAGAGUGGAGGGAUCAAACUUAUAUCAAUUUUCCAUAAUGCAAAACAAUGGGUGCAAAGAAAAUGAACAUAUUGAGGGGAUUAGCCUAUCGUUAUUCUUCCUAAGAUGGUGCUUUUCAAGAGACCUGGAGUUUGUGAUCUAAAGGAAUUGUGAUGGAGAAGAAGCUCUAACCUGUUUUUAUCUUGAAACGGUACAACUUGGUGAGGGCUGUACAACCCUUAUUUUUCUCAAUGCGCAUGUCAACCUCUGAUCUUUCGAUUGACCUUCUAGGUUCUUUCUUUCUCUAUACCUUAUUUAAAUCGCCCCCUUCCUCCUCCUAUGCACAUCCCGAAGGACGUGGACAUCUUAAACUGUUGUCAAAGCCAAAAAAAGGGACCCAACUAUAACAUCAUUCAACAACUGUGACCCAUCCAGCUGCAAGCCAAGUCACCGUACACUAGAAGAGAAUCUUCGAUCAUGCGCGCGCAUUGACAGGAAUACUUGAAUGUGAUUUUGCAAAGUGAUGUAAAAAAAGAAGACAAAUUGUAAUAUUUAUCCAUAAGAAAGCAGCAGUUCUUAUCUUUCUAGACUCGUAGCAGGGGUGCUGCUUUCCCCAACUUUUGCUUUUGAUAAUUUCCAUGUAAAUAUAUACAUAUCUGAGUUUUAAAAACUAAUUGAGGAUUUAAAAAAAGAAAAAUGCUUUAGGCAGCACUAGAGUUACUUUUGCAGCCUUUUUCUUUUCUUUUCUUUCAGUGGAUUUGUUUGCAAUGUGGUCCCAGUGCAAUAAAGAUAACGGCAAAUGUGUA